AUGAUCGCCGGUUCGAAUAAGAAUAAACAAAUAUGCAAUCAAGUGAAAUUUAUUGUACUGUUGUAUUUUUUAUUGAAUUUACCUUGUACCGCGAGAUCUCAAAGCCGGGCUCCGCGUAUAAAAGAACAUCCAGCCGACACAAUAGUCGGUAGAAGCGAGCCCGCUACUCUGCGGUGUGUAUCGGAAGGAAAACCCAAACCGACAAUACAGUGGUAUAAAGAUGGCACGCCUCUUACUUCUAAUGACCACCCACAAAGAGUGCUGCUUGAAGACGGAUUACUCUUCCUUAGGGUUAUGCGAGGCAAGAAGGAAAGCGACGAGGGCGUCUACUGGUGCGUCGCACGCAACCCCGUCGGGGAAGCAGUUAGCAAAAACGCUACGCUUACUAUUGCCGUACUCCGCGAUGAAUUUAAGAUCGAACCUCACGAUGUAAAAGUAGCUAGUGGCGAACCUGCUCUUUUACAAUGCGCAUCACCGAAAGGGGUGCCUGAUCCGUCUAUACAUUGGAAUAAAGAUGGGCAUAGUUUAGACGUAGAAAUCAAUGGAAGAAUAUCAGUAGUGAAUGGAGGUGAUUUAAAAAUACUGGAAACAAUACCAUCGGACAGUGGUGUUUAUAGAUGUGUAGCGUCUAAUGUGGCAGGCGAAAGGCAAUCUCAUCCUGCUACGCUUCUCGUCUUACGCAGACCGCAUUUUCUGGUGAAACCGAAUAACAUAACGGCUUUAAUAGGCCAGAACAUUGAGUUUCACUGUCAAGCAUCACCAGAAUCCGAUGUAUCAGUAAGUUGGGCACGAGACAGUGGUUCGUUGUCUCCGUACGCGAUAAUUCGAAGAGGUUCGCUAAGAAUAGAUCGCGUUGUUGCUACCGAUGCGGGGACAUACACUUGCAGAGCCGAAAGCCAAGCAGGCUCUAGUUCUGCGAGUGCAUCUUUAACUGUAAACUCUUUACCGCAUUUUACACGAGUACCUUCAGACACAACAGCGUGGGAGGGAGAAGCGGUAUCAUUCCCUUGUGAAGCAGAUGGUUCCCCGAGACCAGUCGUCUUUUGGACAAUGGAAGGGUCUCAAGAAUUAGUUUUUACGAAAUCAACGCACAGCUCCGGAUAUUUAUAUUUGGAUCGAGUCACAAUAAGACAUGCAGGAAGACUUACUUGCGUCGCUGUGAAUUCUGCUGGGAGCGCUUUGCAUACUGCCACUUUGCAGGUAUUAAGGAGAGAAGCUAAUAAUUUUAAGGAUGAUUUAGACUCAUCCUCGCCCUAUCCUGAAUUGAGUAAACCCUUAAAUUAUCCACCAAUGACUCAAUAUGAAUUAGUGCAGGCUCGACGAUACUUACAACAGGAUGUAUUAUCUUUGAAACGAGUGGAGGGUAUUUCGGCUACGACUUUAAAAAUUGUAUGGGAUGUAAUGACAGAUUACAACGAAUAUCUUGAAGGUGUUAAAAUUUGGUUCAACGGGACUUCAUUAAACAGCAGAAGUGCCUUGGAACUUGACUAUAAUUCCAACGAAUCGACUAUUGAUUAUAUGACAGAUUUUAGAAAAUAUGAAAACUUUACUAUGACAACUGUACACAACAGUGGUUCGUCUAGUCAUGUACUAACAGGCCUAUUACCUUACGCUCAAUACGAUGUGUUUUUGAUGCCGUUCUACAAACUAUUAUUAGGAAAACCUUCCAACAUGCGUACCGGUUUUACAGAGGAAGAUGUUCCUUCGGAGCCUCCGCUAAGUGUUACAGCGGGAGUGAUAAAUGCGACAUCAGCUUGGAUUAGAUGGGAAGCACCUCCUGUUUACGCGUGGAACGGAGAAAUCUCCGGAUAUCUGAUCGAAGUUCGCGUUGGUGGAUCCACUGGAGGUCGAGUAGUGGGACAGAUGUCGCUAGGUCCCAAAACUAGGGCAGCAGCAGCUAGUUCCUUGCGUGCUGGAGGUCGGUACAGCGCAAGAGCUGCAGCCGUUACCAAGCGAGGUCACGGACCUUUCAGCCCGCUAUCUCAUUUUCACAUGGUUCCUACACAAACUCAGAGACAUUACGUGCAAACGGAACCAGCCACAGACAAAGCAAUAAUAUCGAUGUUCCAAGAAACCUGGCUCUUAGCACUCAGUGUAACAUUGUUAGUGUUAAUAUUUGCUGGAGUUGGUGUUAUAGUUUACAUUAAGAAACGUCAUUCUAAACAACAAAAAAAUCAGAGCUCAACCGGAAAUACAGUAGUUAAUGCUCAACAAUGUCUUUUGAGGAAAGAAGCUGUUUGGUUAAGAGAAAGAUCAGUUUUUGAAGGAUCAACGGAACCGAGAAUCGAAAUUUUAAACUGUCAUCAGACUCUUUUAAAAAGCGGUCACUCCGUAGGUACAAUGGCUACGGAAGCUGAAUAUAGUCUUCCUCAACAUUCGAACACAGUAAAUCCAAUGUGCGAAGAUGAACAACAAAGACUCCAACCACAGCCAUACGCAUCUUGUGCCAUUUACACAGAACUAAAUUAUCAAGAUAACACAGACGCGGAAGAUUCUUGUAUGAAGUGCGCCAUUAGCCCAGGUUCCUAUGAUAAUAGUAUGAUUAGGUCUUACGGAGAAAGUAAUCAAUAUUCAAAUGAAGAGUGCUCUACAUGCUGCAGGAGUAGUAGUUCCACUUUAACAAAAGAUUAUAGUGACAUGACAAAAUGCAAUGAAGACCAAGACAUGUCAAUAGAAGACUGUCCUUCGUGCAAAACUAAUCACUCGAGAUCAUCUAGUCAUCACGGAGGCAACAAAGAGUGGACCACGGCGGAUGUUGAAUACGAUUAUCCCCAAUGGAAUUGGUUGGGCCGAGACAACAGUUUCAGGAAUACAAACUCAGAGCCUAGAUAUAAUGGAGAAAAUUGUUUUAGGCAAAUAGGUCAAGAACUUAGAUACAAUAGUGCAGAUAGAAGUGAACAAAAUUGUAGGAUGAAUUUAUGCGAUAUACUGCCUCCGCCGCCCUAUGAAAGGGAGUCUCCAUAUAGAGAUAUGAAUGCAUUUACAAAUCACUCAGGGACAUCGGGUUGUUCCGGACAUACGUACCGAAGCUAAUUAUUUAAAUAAAAACCUUAUCACUAGCAAGUAAAAUAAGCAAUACUAUUUAUAAGUAUAUGUUUGAUAUAAUGUACAUAUUGUAUAUUAUUCACAAGAUAUGUUAAUCGACGGUGUUCUAAUUUCUCAAAUAUAACAUUUUAACAAUAUCUUUACAUUAAAAUUUUCUGUCAAAGAUAUAGUUGAAAUUAUUUAAAUUUGUAAUACAUUUUUGCUUAAGGGUACUACUCAUGAGAUGAUUCUGAAUUAGAUUUUUAGUCAAAUGUUACGAAUAGACUGCAUACAUAUUAUAUCGAAACUUAGUUUUAGGUUUCUCAUCUUUCUCUAGAGACUGUGAUAUAGCGUAAUAUCGUAUUUAUGUUUUUGUAAAUAUUUUAAAUGUUUGAUAACCUUAUACAAUUUUAUUAUCUGGCGUAUUUAUUAUGUAGAAUUUAAUAAAAAAAAAAGGAACCAAUUUUAUCAUCAAUCACAGUUCUAGUUAAGUUCUUUUACGAAGAAAUUGCCAUUUGUAACUAAAGAUAUUGUGUAGUUUUGAAGAAUAUUAAUAAAAAGACGGAAGCGCGUUUCAAUUGAACUUUGUUUCUGUAUAAAAAAAAAACAUUGAACGAAUUGAAAUGAUAGCAA